CGGGGCGGGAGACGAUGGGUUUCGCAUGAAAACGCGGGCGACGUGGGAGAGGGUCAAAUAUCCCUUCAAGGAGAGUACUCUUCUCAAGCUGCGUGAUUUGCUACAUCAAGCUAAGUUGGAUGUGCUUCUCGUUCUCAAAAUCUUGGACAUUGAUACGUCUUCUGCGACAGUGAUUAAACUUGACGGCCUAGACCAGAAGAUAGACGAGCUUCGACUCAAGGUCGCAGGUGUAGAGGGUAGCGUCAGAGGAUGUGAAGGCUUAAUAGAGAGGUUAGAUUAUGAUAAGAGCCACAGGGAUCUCCUUACCUGGCUCUGCGAUAAAGAUGUGGGGAUGCAACAGCGUGAAGCAAGUGCGAAGCGGUACCCGGGCACAUGCAACUGGGUGUUUGAGAGGCCGGAAUUUCACCGUUGGAAGGCCCACGGCUCGGUCUUGUGGAUUAGCGGCGGUAUUGGUUGUGGAAAGUCUGUCAUGUGACCACAUGACACAAUAUUGCGAUACCAAUCCAGGAAAUCUGCUCCUCUACUUCUACUUCUCAUUUCGGGAGAAGAGCAAGCAAGUCCAGCAUAGGUGCCAAUCGGCGCUGUUGAAGCAGAUAUGCAGAGAGCCGAAGGCACUCCGAGAGGUUAAAAGACUGUACGAUCAAGCGCACAAAGAUAGCGUUCCUGUUUCAGCACAAUUUGGGGAUGUUAAAGCAUGCCUGGAUACUACAAUAAAAGACCUGAAGGGCUUGAAGCAGGUCUUCAUUGUUCUUGAUGCACUCGACGAGCUGGACAAUGACCUGGACGACUUGCAGCGGACGCAAAUGCUACAAUGGAUUAUCUCCGUAACCACGCAUGAGUCGCACGUCCACGUCCUUUUUACCAGUCGAAGUCGCUCCGGGAGAGGGGAUAUCGAGCACGCUAUGGACUUGCAUCCGGACGUCUUGAAAAUACACAUCGAUGCGAAGGCGAAUCAGGAUGAUAUGUGCUUAUAUUUAACAGAUCAGUUCCAGGCCAGCACUGCCCUGAGCAGCUUGCCACGAGCCUCCAAGAAAGACCUUUGCGAUAGGUUGAUAGGCAUGGCAGACGGCAUGUUUUUGUGGACACAUUGUCAACUUGCUGAUCUCGUGAAACUCCCCUUCUUGCGGCCGAAGGAUAUAAGAGUGAUUCUGGAAUCUAUGCCCAAAACACUGGAGAGCACGUAUAGUCGCAUCCUCGAAGAUGUCAGCAAAUUCAUGCUUACCGAAGUUGUACAAGCCCUGCAAUGGCUCUCAGUCGCGCUACGGCCCCUUACAUUGCAGGAGAUAAAUGAGGCUUGCAUUAUCAGAUUAUUAGAGCUUCCGAUCAUAGACAAAGACAAUCAGCUCCCUGGUGAUGGCGUCCUGUCUUGUUUACCUGGUCUUGUCAGCCGCACAAUCAAGGACCACGAUGAAUACGUCUUGUUGGCCCAUUUUUCUGUCCGCGAAUUUCUGAUGUCUCGUGCUGCCGUCAAGCGUGGCAGUUCGGAGGCUCCGUUCACGUUCCGAGAUUGCACCGCCCAUGCACUUAUUGCAGAGAGCUGUAUCGCGUACAUCAACUAUUGGUGCAACCGAGCCCCCAAGAAUAAGAUGUGCGCGGGGGCAGAGCUGAAAUCAUUCCCACUUCUGCAAUAUGCGUGUCAGCAUUGGGCCGAGCAUCUGAAUCAGACUGACGAGAAUGAGCAGGCCCGACUCGCCUCCGCCGCGCUUCAGCUCCUGACUCGGCCCGAGUAUAUCACCGAUGUUUUGUCCGUCUAUAAUCCACUUGAGGACUGGGAAAAGAGACCCUGGCGAUCCUGGAGCCGUCCCUCUUCUUCCGAACACAAUCUCAUCUCCCACCUUGGCUGGGCAGCUGUGCUGGGUCUACCGUCCGUAACUACUCUAGUACUUAGAGGUACUAACCCCGCGCUAAAUGAGCGGGGUAGGAUACAAGAUUCAACCAGGUGUGUAUCAGCACACAAAAUCUAACGUCAAUUCCGCCAAAUAGAUCUUAACCAAUCCUCUAGGUCCAGCAUGCUGAACCUAGCAUUUA